GGAGGAAGAGGAUUUUCGACCGUUAGCGCCUUACAGCGACUGGUGCUUGGGUUCUACUGAAGACCACCAUAGACCAGAGCUGGAUUUACAGUUAGCUAGUGAAACUAGCGACGCUCGACCCAAAAUGGCCGCCUCUGAUCACAAAAUGGCCCCCUCUCGGCACUCUGGUCCUACUGAAGACCACCACCAUAGGCCAGAGCUGGAGUUACAGGUAGCGGCUUACGRGGCUAGUGAAACUAGCGACGCUCAACCCAAAAUGGACGCCUCUCUGCACAAAAUGGCCGCCGCCGCUUCCCAUCUAGAAGCACUACCAAUCCAAACAUUGUCUGAGGCAGUACUGACCACCGAGAACCACUGUAGUCGAACCUCCGCGGAGACCCGUGCUAGCAAUAAUAACCACACGCUCUGUGACGUUACACUACUGCCGACGCAGCAAAUCCAGAAACACAGGUCCUCCACGGCAACCGCAGCAGUAUCCAUGGACUCCGACUCAGAAGGAUCCUCUCAACGAGACAAUGCAUUUAGAGAGUCCAGUACUAAGUGUUUAUAUCUAGCUAGCGCCAGUUUGACUUCUAAAGAUAAGUUGACCCACUCUUCUGAGCUGAGUGAAUUAAAUGACAAUUCAGCAACAUUACAACACCAAAACAACAACGACCGAACUCCACACUCAAACAUGGAUGCCGUUUGUAGUUCCCMAAACGUGGAAUCCAUUUGUAGUUCCCAAAACGUGGAUUCCAUUUGUAUUUCUCYAAACAUGGACUCUGUUUGUAGUUCCCAAAGCCUCUACCUGGAGCCCAAACCUUUCUCGGACGGRAUCUGGAAGAACCUCAACUCCCAGAGUCCUGCGGUGCUCAUCGAGAGCCUCCACCACCCGGAGCUCCCRGCCGACUAUACCCACGAUGCACUGCCCUACACCAUGUGGACCGAGCCGCAGUGCAAAGAGGUCACAGACCUCGAUCACGAAACUGAGACGGACGACCAGGACCCAGAGGGACAUGGGGACGGGCCUCUCACCUGGGCCCAGCUGGAGUCCACCUCUCUGGGGGCCGGUGUCGGGGAGCCCCUGGGCCUCUGUGGAGACUUUGAGCUCCAGAGAGGGGAGGUGGAGGCAGCGGAAGCCCUGGCUCUGUGCAGGGAACUGGGGGUGGAGAGGGAGGCCGAGGGGGCUCUAGAACCCGACCCUCCUGAAUCGCCCUUGGAGGAGAGACUGGGGGAAGGAGAGGAGGAGGAGGGGGUGGUCCGAUAUGGAAGAGGGAGAUUCGAGGAUGAGGGGCAGAGCAGCACGAGGGGGGAGAGUAGUAGUGAGUCAUCGGAAGGAGAGGCUGAAGAGAGGAGAGAAGGGAGGGGAGGAAGACUUAUGAUAAUGAUUUGAGCGACUUUGAGUGUGGCGACUCGGGGCUGGAACCUUGGAGAGGUUUUGCACUGUGCGUAUGGCUUGCUGAGACACACAAAACACGAUAAAGCACACACACAAUAUACGAUAACACACAC